UUCUUUGCAGGUAUCGAGCUGGUCGGCCCCACCAAGCGGACGUUCACUGGUAUCGUGGUGGAGAUGUACUGGUGCGCUGGGAUCUUCUUGUUGCUGCCCAUCGCUUACUUCAUACGGGACUGGCGCAACAUCCAGCUCGUCUUGUGCCUGUGCACCAUUCCUAUGUUCUCUUUGUGGUGGUAAGGAUUCUUUCAGUCUUGUGCCUGUGCACCAUUGCUAUGUUCUCUCUGUGGUUGUAAGGAUUCUUGCAAUCACUUAACAGUUUGAAUUUCAUGUACGCAACCACGACACCAUUAAAAAAAGUAAUUCAGAUUAGUGAUUUAAACUAUCCCGUCAAUUCAUGAUGUUCGUCUCACAGGAGCAAACAUUUUUAAACUUUAACCCCUCUUACUUUGUCGGAUUAGGCUAAUUUGAGAGAUUUAAGACAAUGAAGACUACUUAGCUGUUCCCUAUUUUAUAUCAGCUAAUGAUUCAAAGGUAUUUUUAUUGCAGUGAAUCCCUUUAAUCCAAGGUAGCUCUAAAUAGUUUUCAUAAUUCCUUUCAUUAAUUAAAACAAAAGUUUUUACUGAUAGCAACUCAUAAAAAUUCCUUUUUCCAUUAAACAUGAAGCUGAUUCCCCUAGAAGCCUAACCACGACUCAAAAAUUAUGCUGAAAUCAAAUUAAAAUACAGCGUGUCUGUUAGCGUUUCUCUUUGAUUUCUGGAGAGAAAAAAAAAAUUGUUGCUUAAGACUAUAGUUUAGUUUUCCCUUCUGAUGUUUUUAGGCUGAUUCCCGAAUCUCCCAGAUGGUUGCUAGACAAGCGGCGCUACUCUGAGGCCGAGAACGUCUUGCAGAAGAUCUGCGCGUCCAACAAGACGAAGCUUCCGGUCGGCGCGGUGGACGCCAAAACGGCCGACGAAGGCCCGCAGGCCAAGAUCUGGAAUAUGUUCACACACCGCGUGCUCUUCAUCAGGACGUUCAUCAUCUUCUUUAAUUGGUCAGUUUUAAAAUAAAUCAACUCCAAGUGUUUAGGCUCUUCCAUGAAUGCGUCUAUCAAUUUCAAUGACAGCAGCACUGACUUUAAUUAAUUAAUCAGUGACAAUCAUGUCAAUGGGCUGAACCAAGAAUGGCAUUAGGAUGAAUGAAAAUAUCACAAAUGGAAUUCAUACGUUGAUCGGAAUAUUGAAAUUAAAUUGCAGGACGACGUCAUAACCCUAUUGAGGGUAACGACCAUUUUUGUUCACGAAAAGCUGGUGUGGUAGCGGGUCCAUUAAGAUCGUCCUCUGUGGUAGCGGGUCCAUUAAGAUCGUCCUCUGUGGUAGCGGGUACAUUAAGAUCGUCCUCUGUGGUAGCGGGUACAUUAAGAUCGUCCUCUGUGGUAUUGGGUACAUUAAGAUCGUCCUCUGUGGUAUUGGGUACAUUAAGAUCGUCCUCUGUGGUAUUGGGUCCAUUAAGAUCGUCCUCUGUGGCAUUGGGUACAUUAUGAUUGUCAUCUGUGGUAUUGGGUCCAUUAAGAUUGUACUCUGUGUUUUUGGGUCCAUUAAGAUCGUCCUCUGUGGUAUUGGGUCCAUUAAGAUCGUCCUCUGUGGUAGCGGGUACAUUAAGAUCGUCGUCUGUGGUAGCGGGUCCAUUAAGAUCGUCCUCUGUGGUAGCGGGUCCAUUAAGAUCGUCCUCUGUGAUAGCGGAUCCAUUAAGAUCGUCAUCUGUGGUAGCGGGUACAUUAAGAUCGUCCUCUGUGGUGCGGGUCCAUUAAGAUCGUCCUCUGUGGUAGCGGGUACAUUAAGAUCGUCCUCUGUGGUAGCGGGUACAUUAAGAUCGCCCUCUGUGGUAGCGGGUACAUUAAGAUCGUCCUCUGUGGUAGCGGGUCCAUUAAGAUCGUCCUCUGUGGUAGCGGGUACAUUAAGAUCGUUCUCUGUGGUAGCGGGUACAUUAAGAUCGUCCUCUGUGGUAGCGGGUAUAUUAAGAUCGUCCUCUGUGGUAGCGGGUCCAUUAAGAUCGUCCUCUGUGGUAGCGGGUACAUUAAGAUCGUCCUCUGUGGUAGCGGGUACAUUAAGAUCGUCCUCUGUGGUAGCGGGUCCAUUAAGAUCGUCCUCUGUGAUAGCGGGUACAUUAAGAUCGUCCUCUGUGGUAGCGGGUACAUUAAGAUCGUCCUCUGUGGUAGCGGGUCCAUUAAGAUCGUCCUCUGUGGUAGCGGGUACAUUAAGAUCGUCCUCUGUGGUAUUGGGACCAUGAAGAUCGUCCUCUGUUGUAGCGUGUCCAUUAAGAUCGUCAUCUGUGGUAGCGGGUACAUUAAGAUCGUCCUCUGUGGUAGCGGGUCCAUUAAGAUCGUCCUCUGUGGUAGCGGGUACAUUAAGAUCGUCCUCUGUGGUAGCGGGUACAUUAAGAUCGUCCUCUGUGGUAGCGGGUACAUUAAGAUCGUCCUCUGUGGUAGCGGGUACAUUAAGAUCGUCCUCUGUGGUAGCGGGUACAUUAAGAUCGUCCUCUGUGGUAGCGGGUACAUUAAGAUCGUCCUCUGUGGUAGCGGGUACAUUAAGAUCGUCCUCUGUGGUAGCGGGUACAUUAAGAUCGUCCUCUGUGGUAGCGGGUACAUUAAGAUCGUCCUCUGUGGUAGCGGGUACAUUAAGAUCGUCCUCUGUGGUAGCGGGUACAUUAAGAUCGUCCUCUGUGGUAGCGGGUACAUUAAGAUCGUCCUCUGUGGUAGCGGGUACAUUAAGAUCGUCCUCUGUGGUAGCGGGUACAUUAAGAUCGUCCUCUGUGGUAGCGGGUACAUUAAGAUCGUCCUCUGUGGUAGCGGGUACAUUAAGAUCGUCCUCUGUGGUAGCGGGUACAUUAAGAUCGUCCUCUGUGGUAGCGGGUACAUUAAGAUCGUCCUCUGUGGUAGCGGGUACAUUAAGAUCGUCCUCUGUGGUAGCGGGUACAUUAAGAUCGUCCUCUGUGGUAGCGGGUACAUUAAGAUCGUCCUCUGUGGUAGCGGGUACAUUAAGAUCGUCCUCUGUGGUAGCGGGUACAUUAAGAUCGUCCUCUGUGGUAGCGGGUACAUUAAGAUCGUCCUCUGUGGUAGCGGGUACAUUAAGAUCGUCCUCUGUGGUAGCGGGUACAUUAAGAUCGUCCUCUGUGGUAGCGGGUACAUUAAGAUCGUCCUCUGUGGUAGCGGGUACAUUAAGAUCGUCCUCUGUGGUAGCGGGUACAUUAAGAUCGUCCUCUGUGGUAGCGGGUCCAUUAAGAUCGUCCUCUGUGGUAGCGGGUCCAUUAAGAUCGUCCUCUGUGGUAGCGGGUCCAUUAAGAUCGUCCUCUGUGGUAGCGGGUCCAUUAAAAUUGUCAUCUGUGGUAGCGGGUCCAUUAAAAUUGUCAUCUGUGGUAGCGGGUACAUUAAGAUUGUCAUCUGUGGUAGCGGGUCCAUUAAGAUUGUCAUCUGCGGUAUUGGGUACAUUAAGAUCGUCCUCUGCGGUAUUGGGUACAUUAAGAUCGUCCUCUGUGGUAUUGGGUCCAUUAAGAUCGUCCUCUGUGGUAUUGGGUACAUUAAGAUCGUCCUCUGUGGUAUUGGGUACAUUAAGAUCGUCCUCUGUGGUAUUGGGUACAUUAAGAUCGUCCUCUGUGGUAUUGGGUACAUUAAGAUCGUCCUCUGUGGUAUUGGGUCCAUUAAGAUCGUCCUCUGUGGUAUUGGGUACAUUAAGAUCGUCCUCUGUGGUAUUGGGUACAUUAAGAUCGUCCUCUGUGGUAUUGGGUACAUUAAGAUCGUCCUCUGUGGUAUUGGGUACAUUAAGAUCGUCCUCUGUGGUAUUGGGUCCAUUAAGAUCGUCCUCUGUGGUAUUGGGUACAUUAAGAUCGUCCUCUGUGGUAUUCCCAUGUAAUUCUAGCAGGAGACACCAUGCGGGUACAUUAAGAUCGUCCUCUGUGGUAGCGGGUCCAUUAAGAUCGUCCUCUGUGGUAGCGGGUCCAUUAAGAUCGUCCUCUGUGGUAGCGUGUACAUUAAGAUCGUCCUCUGUGGUAGCGGGUCCAUUAAGAUCGUCCUCUGUGAUAGCCGGUCCAUUAAGAUCGUCAUCUGUGGUAGCGGGUCCAUUAAGAUCGUCCUCUGUGGUAGCGGGUCCAUUAAGAUCGUCCUCUGUGGUAGCGGGUACAUUAAGAUCGUCCUCUGUGGUAGCGGGUCCAUUAAGAUCGUCCUCUGUGGUAGCGGGUACAUUAAGAUCGUCCUCUGUGGUAGCGGGUCCAUUAAGAUCGUCCUCUGUGGUAGCGGGUCCAUUAAGAUCGUCAUCUGUGGUAGCGGGUCCAUUAAGAUCGUCCUCUGUGGUAGCGGGUCCAUUAAGAUCGUCGUCUGUGGUAGCGGGUCCAUUAAGAUCGUCCUCUGUGGUAGCGGGUUCAUUAAGAUCGUCCUCUGUGGUAGCGGGUACAUUAAGAUCGUCCUCUGUGGUAGCGGGUACAUUAAGAUCGUCCUCUGUGGUAGCGGGUACAUUAAGAUCGUCCUCUGUGGUAGCGGGUACAUUAAGAUCGUCCUCUGUGGUAGCGGGUACAUUAAGAUCGUCCUCUGUGGUAGCGGGUACAUUAAGAUCGUCCUCUGUGGUAGCGGGUACAUUAAGAUCGUCCUCUGUGGUAGCGGGUACAUUAAGAUCGUCCUCUGUGGUAGCGGGUACAUUAAGAUCGUCCUCUGUGGUAGCGGGUACAUUAAGAUCGUCCUCUGUGGUAGCGGGUACAUUAAGAUCGUCCUCUGUGGUAGCGGGUACAUUAAGAUCGUCCUCUGUGGUAGCGGGUACAUUAAGAUCGUCCUCUGUGGUAGCGGGUACAUUAAGAUCGUCCUCUGUGGUAGCGGGUACAUUAAGAUCGUCCUCUGUGGUAGCGGGUACAUUAAGAUCGUCCUCUGUGGUAGCGGGUACAUUAAGAUCGUCCUCUGUGGUAGCGGGUACAUUAAGAUCGUCCUCUGUGGUAGCGGGUACAUUAAGAUCGUCCUCUGUGGUAGCGGGUACAUUAAGAUCGUCCUCUGUGGUAGCGGGUACAUUAAGAUCGUCCUCUGUGGUAGCGGGUACAUUAAGAUCGUCCUCUGUGGUAUUGGGUACAUUAAGAUCGUCCUCUGUGGUAUUGGGUACAUUAAGAUCGUCCUCUGUGGUAUUGGGUACAUUAAGAUCGUCCUCUGUGGUAUUGGGUCCAUUAAGAUCGUCCUCUGUGGCAUUGGGUACAUUAAGAUUGUCAUCUGUGGUAUUGGGUCCAUUAAGAUCGUCCUCUGUGGCAUUGGGUACAUUAUGAUUGUCAUCUGUGGUAUUGGGUCCAUUAAGAUUGUACUCUGUGUUUUUGGGUCCAUUAAGAUCGUCCUCUGUGGUAUUGGGUACAUUAAGAUUGGCAUCUGUGGUAUUGGGUCCAUUAAGAUCGUCCUCUGUGGUAUUGGGUACAUUAAGAUCGUCAUCUGUGGUUGUGGGGAGAUUGAGAUUAUAAUCUGUGGUAGCGGGGAUAUUUCUCAAGUAUUUCUAAUGGUGUAUUGUGCAAUUCAAAUAUGCAUCAAACCAUUUCCAAUAUCAACCACCACACAUAGUCCUUACCCACGCCGACUCCUAGACUUACGUCACGAAUAUCGGCUUUUUACAUUUGGCUGGUUGAUGAAGAUUGCCGGUAUAUCUCUCUUGUAGUCCUCUUUUAAAAAAUAAAAAUAAAAUUUCAGGUUGGCUGUGAACCUACUGUAUUACGGCCUCAGCUUGAACAUUGACAACCUGGCAGGUUCCACCUACCUCAACUACCUAAUCCUCACGAUGGUGGAGUUCGUCGCCUACAUCAUGUGUCUGCUGCUGCUGGACAGGACAGGGAGGAAACGGCUGUACUGUGUUUGUAUGUUCACUGGAGCCACGGCCUGUUUGGCCGUCAUCUUACCGAUAUCACUUGGUGACGAAAGUAAGUCACGGUUUUUGAGCUGGCUAAAUUUAUUAUUAUUUGUUAUGUGUGUUAGCAAAAAGCAAAUAAUUGUUAAUUUAAUAUACCAAAACCAAAAGAUAACAUUUAAAACUAGGAAAGAAAAUUCAAUAGCCUCCCAGGGCCGGCGCUAGGAGGGUGCGGGGCCUUGGGCAAAUUGAAUUUUAUGGGGCCGUUGACGUUAUAUAUUCCGCGGAUAGGAUGUUAAGACACGUUAUAGUCGUAAUGGGACGCGUCAUAAAGGAUAUUUGUUCACUCGCUUAGUUUCCGAAAUUUCUAUUUUUUCCUAUAACAGUUAAUGGCCCUGGCCCAAAUUACUCUUCGCGGCUCCAUUGUUACCAAUAUGAAGGUUGUAAAAAGCGAAUAGCAAAACACGAAACUGAAUGAGCCAUUUUAAUCUGGACACAAGCAAAACAAGCGAGACUGACCUUCAGACCAUUUGACUAUCUAAUAACUCCGAAUAUUGUGUUGACUGGAUUAGGAACUAUUAGUAGGAUUAGGUAUAUUAUAAACAUGCUAAGGCAACGCGCGGGGCCCACUCCGCCAUCCCCUCGCGCCGGCCCCGAGGCUCCCAUAUUAUGUUUAUUCUAUUUUGUUGUAUAUUUUUGUACACCUAAAUUAACACAGAUUUUAUAGUAAAUAUUGAUUUAAUUUUUAUCCGUUAUUUUAAGGAUAUAUUUAAUGUUACUUUAAAAUAAAUGGAGCUCCAUGUUGAUACGUUUUUAAAAGCUUUUAAUGAUGGACAGAAUACGUUAUAUUAGCUGUCGUAAAGUAGGCACUGGAGAGGUUAACCAUCACAAAGUAGGCAUAGGAGAGUUCAGCAGUCAUAAAGUAGACAAGGAGGAUUCAGAUGUCAUAAAUUAGGCAUAGAAGAGGUCAUCAACUAAGAUAAUAUUACAAAAUACUAAUUUAUACCACGUGAAAAAUAGAGAUACAAAAGGCGUAAUCUAGCUCGAAACAUCUUACCCUGUUCAAAUGAGAUAUACUCUUUCCUUUCCAGUAGUCCUUAUAGUAUUUCAAGCCUUUUAUAAAACACAUUCAAGCCUUUUAUAAAACACAUCCAAGCCUUUUAUAAAACACAUCCAAGCCUUAUAUAAAACACAUCCAAGCCUUUUAUAAAAGACAUCCAAGCCUUAUAUAAAACACAUCCAAGCCUUUUAUAAGACACAUCCAAGCCUUUUAUAACACACAUCAAGACAGUUUGAUGCCUAAUUUCCACCAGGUCACCUUUGGAUAGCGACUGUCCUCGCCAUGGUCGGUAAGCUUUGUGCCUCCGGCUGUUACGCCAUUCUGUACAUCAUGUCUGCAGAGCUGUUUCCGACGGUCAUGAGGAACUCUGGGAUCGGCUGCUGCUCCAUAUUUGAAAAUCUCGGAGGGAUGGUCUCCCCUUACAUCGCUGACAUGGUAAGGGAUUCUUUUUUUAAGGGCAGACAAUCAUAAAUACACCUUCAUCAACUCAAUGUGAAAUCAAAAUAUCCUGCAUCUGAUGGUUAGUUAUGAUUAACAGAACUGCAUGCUACUGAAGACAAAUGAACACAAUAAAACAUUUAUCGUUGCCAUUUUGCUUUUUUCAAGAUUUGCGACGAGCAGUCAUUUCCUUUUAUGUUCCAGGGUUUGAUGAUUGGCGGCGCCUUCGCUCAGGGCCUCCCCAUGAUGGUGUUCGGUGCCGUCAGCAUACUGGCUGGGGCUCUUUCCAUCGCACUUCCGGAAACGUUGCACAGAACUCUCCCCGAGACGAUACAAGACGCCAUCGACUUUGACAAGUAGGUUGUGGAGUAGGUUGUGGGAGUAGGUUGUGGUGUAGGUUGUGGAGUAGGUUGUGGGAGUAGGUUGUGGAGGAGUUUGUGGAGUAGGUCAUGGAGUAGGUUGUGGAGUAGGUUGUGGAGUAGGUUUUAGAUUAGGUUGUGGAUAGGUUGUGGAGUAGGUUGUGGCGUAGGUUGUAGAGUAAGUUGUGGAAUAGGUUGUGGAGUAGGUUGUGGAGGAGGUUAUGGAGUAGGUUGUGGAGUAGGUUGUGGAGUAGGUUGUGGAAUAGGUUGUGGCGUAGGUUGUGGAGUAGGUUGUAGAAUUGUAUGACAGGCCCGCGGACUGACUGAUGACGUAUGCUGAGCCAGCGCGUUUUUUGUUGUUUAAAAACUUAGAUGAACUCUCUACUAUUUAAUUUAUUCCACAAUCUCAAACUCUAAGGUCCAUCUUUGAUCACUUCAAGGUUUAUAAAUCAGAUUUGCUGUAGCAGAGCUGAGAAAUCUACACCAUUUUGGUUUCAUGUAGUUAACCUAAUCGUUUAUUUGCAUAGUGUAACAGAUUCUUCCUGAAUCAAUCUUUAAAAUGGUUUGCAAUGUUACACAGAUAAUAUUUUACUUAUAGCAACUUGAUUUACAAAAAAAUAAUAUUUUCCCAUUUUUAAAGUUAACCAUUUCAUACGUGUCCUAUCUGCUGCGGAAUGCUCUUAGCCUAUAGGUUCUUAUCUUAUUGUCCUACCUAUGGAUUCAAGCUUCCACACACCUUGUACUAUUUCUUUCACUCGGCUUGAACGCAUUCCUUCAUUUAUUAUUCAUAUUUAUAAUAGCAUAUGAAAAUGAUUCAAUCUUGUAUUUAAAAUGCACCUUCUAUCCGUAUUUCGCAAUCUCUUCCCUUUUCAGAAAGACCAAGUCUAACAAAAACGGUCAUAUUCCCAAAGCAGAAGAUUUAGAAUUGCAAGUUCCGCUGACCACAGACAAAGUAUGACCGGCGCUUGAGGAUCUACAAACACCACCACCAACAGAAUGUGUUACUUGCAACGAACCCGAAACACAUUCACAAUCCUGGAACAUUGAAUAGGAGACCGAAAAAACCCACCCCGGUAGAUGCUGCUGUUAGAAAUAACAUUAUUGGCUACACCAAGCGGACCACAGUCCACAUAGUACGCUGAAGUCACGGACCACAGUCCACAUAGUACGCUGAAGUCACCAUAGUUUGUCAUUGUCACGCAGCCGGAGACCGGAAGCCAGACGGAGUUGGAAAGAUGAUCAAGAAACUUUUUUUGUUAAUUGGAAAAUGACAUGUUGACAAGGAUUUUUUCACCAUAAUACGAAACAAGGAUUAGACUUAGAGUAGAAUUAACGCUUAGUGCAGAUAAAACUACAUAAGAGAAAAGAGAUAGAGGUGAGAGAGAAAAGAGAGAGAGAGAGAGAAAGAGAAAUGAGAGAGACGGGCAAGAGAAGAGAGCGAGAGGAAGAGUGAGAGAAAGAGAGGAAAAGGCCAGAUAGAUCGAUAGAAAAAGAGAGAGAUACAGCGAGAGAUAGAGGAAGAGGGCAAGAGAGAGUAAGGGAACAAGAGAGAGAAAGAGAAGCGAGAGAGGGGAAGAGAGGCGAGCGAGAGAAUAAGAGUGAGGCGAGAGACAAAGAAAGGGACAGAAAUAGAGCUAGAGGGGAA